UGGCAGCGCAGUGGCUGCAACUUGUAAAAUAUAAACAAAACGAUAAGUAGCAUAAUGUAUGCCAGCCGAUUGCUCACCCGUUUGAGCCGCAAACCGACAUGUUUGGCCACGAUUAGAAGCUGGGCAAUGCCCCAAGGACUUGCCAGUCAAGUGAUCUCACCCAGGAUCCCAGCAAUAGCCACAAAUUUCGUUCACUUCGAAGGACCCAUCGCAAACCGGCGACUUUUCAGUAGCCAAAUCGAGACGGAAUCCAGUUUGGACAGUGCCACCUACGAGCGAGUGUGCUCCGACACACUGGAUGGUCUGUGCGACUACUUCGAAGAGCUGACGGAGAAUGCUGCUGAGGAGCUCCAGGGCAGCGAUGUGGCCUACGGCGAUGGCGUGCUCACCGUGAAUCUGGGACGGAAGCACGGCACCUAUGUGAUCAACCGACAGACGCCCAACAAGCAGAUCUGGCUCAGUUCACCCACCAGCGGUCCAAAGAGAUUCGACUUUGUCGGCACCGAGGCGGCGGGCAGGUGGAUCUACAAGCAUAGUGGUCAGUCGCUGCACGAACUGCUGCAGCAGGAGAUACCCGGCAUUCUGAAGGCACAGCCCGUGGACUUCCUGCAAUUGCCCUACUGUAGUUAAAGGAGGUUUGGAUACAUUUCCGCCAUAAAAAAUCUGUUAAAGCGUUCGAUUUGAUAUAUUUAUUGAUCUGCAGGAGUUACCUCAAGCUGGUUCCAAAUUGUCACUGUUAUUAAAAUGUCGCAACCGCUGCAUCUUUUACUACCA